AUGUGUAUACGACAACUUUCUAUUGUGGAUGAUACAUUGGAAAUACUUGGAAUCUCAAAAGAAUAUCGACGACUGUAUAAUUGGGUAAUUGGAACAAUAACUGGAUGGAUUUUAUUAAUUCUUUUCAUAGAUAUAUCCGACAGUGUAUGGUUGAAUUACGAAUAUUUCAGUAUCAUUCGUAUUUUUGUACCAUUUAUAGAAAAUCAUUUAAAUCACGUUAUUAAGUUCAACGUCUUGAUUUGUCUAAUUAUGUUAGGAUACACAGGUUCAAGAUUUCAGCGAAUUAAUGAAUACAUUCGAGAUCUAUUUCAACAUGAUGCAGAGCAAAACAAAAAAAGGAAUGAAUUAAUCCUAGUUAAUCAGAGAAGAUCAGAAACCAAGGAAUGCAAGCAAUAUAUGUGGAUUAUAAUGCACCUUCAUCUGCAGCUAUGUUUCAUAUCACGCGAAUUAAACAAAGUAUUUAGUGUGCAACUGACUCUACAAAUGGCGUGUUAUUUUUUAACUUGCGUGGACAUAUCUCGCGAAAUUUAUAAAACAUAUAUAGACAGAAACAUAGCUAUUGAAAUUGGACAAGCUAUAGAUACAUGUUUAAUUUUCAUUCUUGGCCUUAUUCAGAGCAUAAAAUUUAUCGCACUGAAUUAUAUCUGUCAAACGCUUUGCGAUAAGGCGAACGAAACAAUAGCAAUUCUGUAUAAAGUGUCCAACGAUCAUUCGGAUAAAGAUUUAGACGAGCAGAUUUUGCAAUUUAUAUUACAAAUAAAACAAAGGGAGCUAAAACUUUCUGGCAUGGGAUUUUUUUACUUUGGUUAUGACUUUAUUCGCAAGUUUUACAUAUCCGUAGCGACCGUCUUAGUGAUUAUAAUACAGAUGGAUCUACCAAAUCCGUAUGACUAUAUUCCGUCUAUCAAUGCCACAAGUUAA